AUGCGGCGGGCCGUGGAGCGCGGAGCCCCGCGCCGCCGGCAGCGGAGGGAGCAGCGCUGCCCGCGGUGCCCGCUCCGAGCCGGGGCCAGCGCCAUGGAAGCGGAGGCCGAGCCCGGCCCCGGCAGCUCGGCGGCAGCCGCGCCCAGCCGGCCGGGCGUCAAGGAGGAGCUGAUGUGUCCCAUCUGCUACGAGCCCUUCCGCGAGGCCGUGACGCUGCCCUGCGGCCACAACUUCUGCAAGGGCUGCAUCAGCCGCUCCUGGGAGAACCAGCGGCAGGCGUGCCCGCUCUGCAAGGAGAGCUCCUCGCUGGAGGACCUGCGCGUCAACCGCACGCUGAAGAACCUGGUGGAGCUGAUCCUGAAGGAGGAGGGAAGCCAGCAGGGCCGGGGCGCGGCGCUGUGCCCGCUGCACGGCGAGGAGCCCAAGUUCUUCUGCCUGGAGGAGAAGGAGCUGGCGUGCUUCUCCUGCCAGAACUCCAAGCAGCACGAGGGGCACAAGAUGAAGACGGUGCAGGAGGCGGCGGUGGAUUUUAGGGCCAAGCUGGCGAACAUGGAAUCUUCCCUGCGGGAUAAGGCCAAGGAUUUUGGGACCAUGCGCAGAUCCUACGAAUCCAUCUCCCGGCACAACGAGGUGGAAUCGGAGCGCCUGGAGCGGCAGGUGAAGUGGGAAUUCGAGAAGCUGCACAAGUUCCUGUGGGACGAGGAGCAGGCGUUGCUGGCGCAGAUCCGGGAGGAGACGGGGCAGAAGCAGGACCUGAUCCAUGGAAAAAUGGGGCAGCUGGCGGAGGCCAGCCAGGCCCUGCUCAACGAGGCCACCCAUCUCCAGGCGGAUCUCAAGCAGGACGACGUCACGUUCCUGAUGACCCACAAGAACCGCAAGCGGAGGAUCGCCUGCACGGCCGAGGAGCCGGACGCCGUUCCCUCGGGAAUGCUCCUGGACGUGGCCAAGUAUCUGGGAUCGCUCCAGUACAACGUGUGGAAGAAGAUGCUGGACACCAUCACCGCCGUCCCCUUCUGCCUGGAUCCCAACUCUGCCGCCGGCUGGCUCUCCGUGUCCGAGGACCUCUCCAGCGUCUCCGUCUGCAGCUACAAAACCUCCGUGGAAAACCCGGAGCGCUUCACCUCCGCCCCCUGCGUCCUGGGAUCCCGCGGCUUCUCCGAAGGCUUCCACACCUGGGAGGUGGAUUUGGGCGGGCUGACCAGCUGGAGGGUGGGCGUCUCCAGGCCCUACACCAACUCCCACGGGAGUUUCCACCACGAUUCCCGCACCGGCUUCUGGUACAUCUACCACCUGCACAGCAAGGACGAGUGCCGGGCGUCCAACGCGCUGCGCUCGGAGGCGGCGCGGUGGAACAUCCAGCGGAUCCGCGUGGAGCUGGAUUGCACCGAGGGGGAAUUGUCCUUCUACGACGCUGACCUCCAGAGGCACGUCUACACCUUCCACGAGAAGUUCGGCGGCACCGUCUUCCCCUAUUUCUACGUCGGCAAUUCCCAGGGGAGCGCCGAGGCCAAGAUGCUCCGGAUUUGCCCGCUCCGGGUCCGUGUCCUCGAGGAUGUCCCCACCUGACGGGAUGUUCUCCCAGGUGCUUCUCCAGCUUUUCCAGGGGUGAAAAAAAAUUCAAAACAGAAAAAAAAAAAAAAAAAGCAGGGAUAAAAAUAAUUCUUUGUUGGCGAUGUCUCCGGUUUUUAUCGUGAAUAAAUAUUAAUAAAGAAAUAUUAAUAAAUA